AUGGCUUCCGCAACGGUGGUCCCCCAUGCGCUGCCGGCCCUGUCCGACGGCUGGUCUGCUGAGAAGGACUUCAAGGCCGUUGGCCAAGUCUCCGCCGCAACUCAGCGCAGCCUCGAGCCUGUUGGCCCUCACUUCCUUGCCCACGCUCGCCGUGCCCGCCACAAGCGUACCUUCUCCGAGGAUGACCGUAUCCAGGCUCAAGAAGCCGCCAAGAAGGUUGAGAACGACGAUGACAGCGACAUCAGCGAGCCUGAGGACCCCAUGAUGCUGCAGCGCGAUGCCAAGGACUGGAAGAGCCAAGACCACUACCAGGUUCUCGGCAUCACCAAGUACCGCUGGAAGGCUACCGAGGACCAAAUCAAGCGCGCCCACCGCAAGAAGGUCCUUAAGCACCACCCCGACAAGAAGGCCGCCGCCGGUAUUGUCGACGACGACAACUUCUUCAAGUGCAUUCAGAAGGCCACUGAGGUUCUUUUGGACCCCGUCAAGCGCCGCCAGUACGACUCAGUCGACGAGAAGGCCGAAGUUGAUCCCCCUACCAAGAAGCAGCUCGCCAAGGGUAACUUCUACAAGCUCUGGGGCAACGUCUUCAAGGCCGAGGCUCGUUUCUCCAAGACCCAGCCCGUCCCUACUUUUGGUGACGACAAGUCUACUAAGGAGGAUGUUGAAGACUUUUACAACUUCUGGUACAACUUUGACAGCUGGAGGACAUUCGAGUAUCUUGACGAGGAUGUUCCCGACGACAAUGAGAACCGUGACCAGAAGCGUCACAUGGAGCGCAAGAACGCCAACGCACGCAAGAAGAAGAAGGCCGAGGACAACGCCCGUCUCCGCAAGCUGCUCGACGACUGCUCUGCCAGCGACGAGCGUAUCAAACGCUUCAGACAGGAGGCCAACGCUGCCAAGAACAAGAAGAAGUUCGAGAAGGAAGCUGCCGAGAAGAAAGCUGCCGAGGAUGCGCGAUUGAAGAAGGAGGCCGAGGAGAAGGCUGCCAAGGAGGCCGAAGAAAAAGCCAAGGCGGAUCGCGACGCUUCCAAGAAGUCCAAGGAGGCGGCCAAGAAUGCCGUCAAGAAGAACAAGCGAGUUCUCAAGGGUUCUGUCAAGGACGCAAACUACUUUGUGUCUGGCGACGCUUCUGCGGCGACGAUCGACAGCGUCCUUGGUGACGUCGAACUUGUGCAGGGCAAGAUUGACGCCGACGAGAUUGCCGCUCUAGCCGGCAAGCUCAACGGUCUCAAGGUUGCUGACGAGAUUAAGUCUGUCUGGAGCGAUGAGGUCAAGAGACUGGUUGGCACCGGCAAGCUUAAAGAAGGAGAUGCCAAGACUUUGAUUUAG